AUGGAUACAUUAGAACAAAGCGAUUUAAAGAAUAUCUCUCCUAAGAGCUACUUUGACUCUCAUGAGACUUGGUCAUCGAUGAAUGAAGCGAUGGAAACACUGAAAGAAGAUCUAGGCCAGAUUGAGAAGCAUAUCCAGGAUUGGAGAACGCGAGAAGACCGACUUGCCAAUGAGAGACCGAGAUGGACAAGGAAUGAUGAGUAUCGCUAUCGCGACGCGAUCAACAGAGUUCAGCUUCUUCACGACAUCGUCGAACGGAAUUUCAAAGCGACAGAGGCCGACGUUAGAAAGGUUGCUCAAAUAUUGAAAUUGCGACAAGAGACUCAGAAAGCAAAAUACGAUCAGACAAUGACUGAUCUCUCUUGGCGACAGAACGCAAACGUCGCAUUGUUUACCUACGCUACCGUUUUCUUUCUUCCGUUGGGAUUUGCGACAAGCUUUCUCAGUAUGCAAGCACCACCUUCGUCUUACUUGAUACGGCAGAUGGUCUUUUGCUUUCUUGGAGCUUUGGGUGUUCUGAUUGGUGUUGUUGCAGUUGUCCUUAUACUGAUUAGCCAACACACAGACAGUGAUCUUAGUAUCAGUCGAGGGGCUCCAAAAACAUAUAGAAAUGUUUCUGGGGCGGUUAAGAAGUGGAUUUCCCGUCACAAAAACAGCUCAAAUGAUACAGAAGCUCAGACUGUAUAG